GGUUUGAAGAAAACCCUAAAUCAAGAAUGAGUCCUCAACAACAGCAACAACAAAUCCAUGGAAAAAUGGAUAAUCAGAUCACCAACAAUGGGAAUAAUAAACCAAUAUUGUGUCCACCGCCAUUGAAGAUCAAUAAGGAUUCUCAUUUGAUUCGAAAAACUUCCUCUUCUUCAAAUACUUCUUCCCCUUCUUCCUCUUCAUCUUCCACCACCUCUCUUGCCAAUGGGGUCGCUGCUGCUGCUGCGAAGCCACCACCUCAACGACAUCCGGUGAUUAUAUACACACAUUCUCCCAAAAUCAUUCACACGCAUCCUCGAGAUUUCAUGGCGUUGGUUCAAAAGCUAACCGGAAUGUCUCGAUCAGAUCAUGAUCAUGAAGCUUCUACCACGAAGCUGGCUACAACGAAAUCCGCCGUGGAUGAGAAUAAUAAUAAUAAUAAUAAUAAUAAUAAAGGUUCUAAAGCUGCUGUUGUGAAUGAUGAUAAUGAAUCGUCGUCCGUUGUGACGACGGAUGAAAAUUGUUGCGGCGGCGGUGGAAGCGGUUUGAUGGAAGUUGGUCAGGUUAAUUCGUGUUUUGGACCGGCGAUUUUUGAGCCGCCGCCACCUCCGCCACAACUGGCGAAUUCUUACCUGACGAAUAUACCCAUUUAUACGCCGAAUUCGACGGAGUUCUUGUGCACGAAUCAACCAAUUUUUAACUAUGAUGAUUCUUUGCUUUUUGGUGGCAACAGAUCAGUUAAUGAUUUCUGCGAAUACAGUGAAUUUUAGGAUGAGUUUUUUUUCAAGAAAAUUUAAUUAGUUGAGUUCGGGGGAGGGAUUAAUUAUUUCAUUCCAUUUGAUCUUAAUGUAAUACAAAAAAAUAUUAUUAUUCUCUCCCGAAAUAAUGUUCCAUAGGGAAGAAAUUAAUUAAUAAUAAUAAUCUGGAAUUGAAUUUCAGUAAUUAUAUCAAUUUCAUUCAUUUUUUUUAAGAAUGUAAUUUAUUUCAGAGGAAAUA